AUGGCAAACAAAAGCUUUUUCUCAGUAUUAAGCAAACGUUUAUAUAUCGAAAAAAAUAUACCUGAAGAUGAGGAUGAUAUUAAUAAUGUUUUUAAAUCACUCACAGCUCCCGAACAGAUGGUAUUGUUUAAGAAGUUUCGUCACCUGGAACGUGAAAUUAUGAGAAAAGAAAUAAUUGAAAAGGAAAAAGAAAUAAUUGAAAAGGAAAAAGAAAUAAUUACAAAAGAAAAGGAAAAAGAAAUAAUUGUACUCACAAAAGAUUUAGAGAUAUUUAGAGAGCGUAUGGGUCGGACAGAAUUGGACUAUUUGAGAAUAAAAGGAUCUGUGCAUGUUAGAGGUGUUUUGGAAUCCCAAACUUUUCAGAAAUUUUGGAAGCAUCGUCAAAAUCAAACUAUUCCUAUUGAUGUAAAUUUUGUGGCAGGGGAAAUGCAGACAUUAUACAAAUGGAUGUCUGAAAGAAUACAUAAUGUCAAUGCACGAGGAGGUGUUGUAGAGUGGAGUAAAUCCAAUUUAGGAAACGAAUGGAGUCAGGUGGUGGAAUAUAUGUGUAAAGAUCUUAACAUUAAAUAUGAAGUUUUCGGAAAUGAAAAUGAAAAUGCUCCAUGA